AUGAAUCACGCGCGAGGAGACAUGCGCGCGGACUACUGCGGCUUGGUUGAGUGUCGAGGGGCUGGCGGAGGACAGGGAGAGAAAUUCGAUGGCAGAAGGCCAGCGGUCUCCCCAGAAAGGCAAGCCAAGAAGAACCAGAGCCAGAACCACAGCGGCGGGGUGGCAACCUGGAGCGAGGAGGCCGUUGUGAGGUUUUUCAGUGGCGAGGGCUGGGCUGUGGAGUCCUUAACACUGUCCCUUGAACAGCGGAACUGCAAUGCCCAGACAGGGGAGCUGGGAAAUUGGUGGCGCAAGGACCUCUCGGCGACUGGCCGUCAAGAGCGAGAAAUCCGCGACUCGGACCUCGACUCAGACUGCCUCAGAACGCAAAACCCCUGCAGAAUGUCACUUCGUUUCGAGUCCGCGUGUGCUUGA